CUGUCAAAUGUGUCAUUGUCAGACGGCUAAAGAGCACGAUUCACUACCCAUUAGCAAAACAAUCUUUGGAGAUUAAAAAUAAUGAAGCAGUAUUUUCUCUGAUAUUGUUUUAAUACUAGGUCCCAACGUUACAAAAAUAAGAAUGUGUGAUAAUUUGAAAAUACUAAAACAAGGAGCGGAAGCGAAGCUAUAUAUAUGUAACUAUUUAGGAAAACCAACUCUCAUAAAAGAGAGGUUCAGAAAGCACUACAGGCACCCUGAUCUUGAUACGUCUAUUACUAAAGAAAGAAUGAAAAACGAAGCUCGAUCUAUAGUACGGUGUAAGAGCGCGGGAAUUAAAACACCGUCAUUGUAUCUAGCGGACUUCGAUCGGCGACGUAUUUACAUGCAACAUUUUGAAAGAAGCAUCACAGUCAAAGACUUUUUAAUAUAUUACAAGAAAGUGGACAACUCCAGGGGAGAUCAUGACAGUUUAGGUUCAUUGCUUAAAAUUAUUGGAGAAACUGUUAGAAAAUUACAUGACAACAAUAUAAUACAUGGAGAUUUGACCACAUCAAAUAUGUUGCUGACGGAGAAGGAGCCCAGUGACAUAGAAGAUGAUACAAAAUGGUUGAAUGACAAAAAUGUUGAACUUGUAUUGAUCGAUUUUGGACUGUCCUUUAUAGACAGCAGUACGGAAGACAAAGGAGUGGAUCUGUAUGUACUGGAACGAGCUCUGAUUAGCACCCACAAUGACUAUCAAGAUCUGUUUGAAAAAAUUUUUUAUGCGUACAAGUGUUAUAGCAAAAGUAAUAUUAAAGAAAUCAUAAGCAAAUUUGAAGACGUACGAGCCAGGGGAAGGAAAAGAACUAUGGUAGGAUAAGAAUUGGUUGAGGAAAGGGGAGGUGGUCGUUUAAUAAUACGCAACAUUAUAAUCAGA